AUGGCUGAUCAAACAUUAUUAGCAAAAGCUCGAAAAGCUCGAUUUGAUGAUUUACCAAAUUUUUCCGAACAUCCUCAGAAGGAUGUCGAACGAUUUUUAAAAAGUAUCAAGAAUAUAACGAAAACUAAUGAUGAAUCCGAUAAUCAUGAAAUUCUAGAUAUUGUUCGUGGUAAAUUAACCCAAUCAGCUGGGAUAUGGUUCGAUAAUAAUGAAAAUAAAUUCAACAAGUGGGCAGAUUUCGAAACUGCAUUUCGAAAUCGCUAUUUUUCAACAACAAUGAUGCAUAAAAAAUUUGAUACAUUAAAACAACGAAAACAAUUGUAUGACGAACCGCUUACCUCCCCUAGAGAAAGUACUGAGUUCAGGGUACCCAUGUACUGAGAAAGCUCUAGCAGGGUACCCAGUAGGGGUACUUUGAAAAUUCUCAGUAAUUUUACUGAUGUAUGUACUGUUU